CAUGCAGUACAGCUGCAUUAGCUAGCUAUCCAUGCGUAGCUAGCUCAUGGUAAACAUUGAAAAACGAAUUUUGUUUUAGAGUUGGGAUUUGAGGACCAAUCAAUUUACAUACCACAAUGAGAUUCAUCGUUGUAUUCACCUUUCUAUUUGGGGUCUGCUAUGGAGAUACCAAAACUUGGCAACAGGAUGUGAACUUUGGAAAUCCAACCAAUUGGGAUAAAGGAAGAGUGCCAUGUGCUUCUGACUCCAUCAAGUUUCCUGAAUCGGUCAGUGUCGUGUUCAUGCAGACCAACUCGACCUUAAAAGAGAUACUUCUUCCACUCAACGGAGCUCUUGUCUUGGACAACAAUGUCAGAAUUGCUUUCACUGAUGACUCCAGCGUCCAGCCAGAAUGCACUGGGGAAGAGCAAACCUUUAUCGCAGACACCCCUGAGAGUUGGUAUAACCCCGGGAACUGGGUAGGAGCCAAUGGUCCAGUCGCAGUGGAUACAGAGAGUGUACCGUGCCAGUAUGAUCAGGUCGUCUUCCCCACCGAGAAACUCUUCUCUGUCGGGGUGGACCUUAGUACCACUGUGGGCACAGUCAGCUUUGCAGGGGAGAACUUUGUAUCUACAAUGGCAUUCUCAAGCUUCCUUAGUUCUCCAUCUGGCCAGCAGCAGUUUUCCGUGUCCAACAAUCCUACCAUUCUAUUGCAGAACUCCCAGUGUAAUGACUUGACAGGGUGUGUGUGUGGGAAUGAUGUCGAACCGUCACGGACAAAGAUUUGUGGCUUCAAGAGUACUUGUCCUGCCCUCGCAUGUCGGAAUGCACCUAUCCCUGUAGGAGGAUGUUGUCCAGUUUGUGGAGCCAUUGUUACCAUGGAAUACAACCCUCAGACGUUCAACUACGAGUCUGUGAAGACAGGCAUAGAGAGCAAAUUUGGUCUAGGUCCUUCAGCUCAAUCUUCCAAUUCAGCCAGAAGGAAACGCCAGGCAGACAGCGAUGUUACCAUGUACAUGUCUAAGACCAAUGAGGGUAAGAUCCAAAUGGUCUUCACAGACAGUAACGGUGGCAGCAGCAGUGGGCAAGCAGCCAUUCGUCUAGCUCUCGAGGUGGAGGAUGACAUCGCUCAAAAUUUGGAUUCUUAUGGAGUGACUAGUGUUUCCAUGAAGAGCUCAGAAAAGGGAACGGGUGGACUGUCUGGUGGUGGAGUUUCAAAUGGGGGAAUAGCAGGCAUCAUCAUUGCUGUGAUUGUAAUCAUCUGUUUUGUCAGCACUGUUAUCUUCUUAACCAUGAGAAGAAAUUCACUUAGUUGGAAGGAUGAACCCCUGCAUGCUGACAGUGAUAUUGAGAUGUCUCAAGGUUUGCCACCAGGCUUCAUGCAGGAGAUCCCUAAUCCGACCUUUGACUCCGCUAUGAGAGGCUUUGACAACCCUAUGUAUACCACUACAACCAAGGAGAAUAUUUACGCAGACCCUGCGGAGGUGAAGGUCAACACCUCGGGGGAUGAAAAGAAGGCGGCGUAUGUGGUGGAGGAGAAGGGCGCCAUCAACGGUCCAAAGUGGGAGGAGGACGAGGACAUCAAAGCCUUCUCCAAUCCGAUGUCUGCUGACGUCAUGGAGGAGUCCAAUGCUUAGAGCCCCAUGCCAGAAUAGGGAAGUCAAUCCUAACAAUGUUUGACAAUCAGAAGUAAAGGGAUUUUUUAUACCGGUACAUGAAGUAAGUUCUUGUACACGACAAGGUUUUGGAGGAUCCUUUUUAAAAAGUAAUGAUGUAUAGUGAGAUUGCAAAUUACAACUGUGUCAAAGUAAAAAA